AUGAUCAGUCGCGAAGCUGUGAUUGCCAUCUCCUUAGCACUACGCAAAAGGGGAGGCGUUUACUAUCUGGCUACCAAGUUUCCAGCUUACUUGGAAACCAUCUCCCAGUACUUGCAAGAUACCUCUAUGCCUUGGUUUGCGCUGGAAGGCGAUACAACGACCGAGGCGGCGCCGCGCAGUGUACGCACUUUGUAG